ACCCGUUUUGGCAUUCCGGAGGAGGAGGACAAUCGGCGUCUCUUAAAGCAAUUAAAGGAGUGCAAGCAAUUAGCAAAUAAUUCUGUCCGAUUACAUGCAGCUAAAUGGGAGCAUCUGUUAAAUCUCAUUCCUGAUAAAUAUACUCAGGACACUUAACACUAAACUUACCUUGACUUCCCUAGUAGCUUCUUUGAAACUUAAUACUGUAACAGCAGUUAUCAAUCAAGCAAUUGAUCUAGAAGUCAAAGGCAAACUACUUGAUGAACCUGAGACAGUUACACAGCAUUACUCGGGUAACACUCAGCCAACGCCGAUGGAUUCUGAUUAUAUGUUCAGCUAUCACAACAAGCAGCAAUACCAGCGUUUCUCACAACAACCUCGUCAUUCUCAACAGAAGCAACUGAGAGCUUAUAACAAGCAUGGCAGUCCAAUUUGUGAUUAUUGUUGCGAUAAGCAUCGCACCAUGGAUCAUAAUAAAAGAAAACGAACUCAAUUUCAUAACAGCAACAAACAAUCAUCACACGGUCAUCAAAGACAAAACAAACACACACCACAUAUUAGGGAGAUGCAAUCACAGCCACAAGUGCAAGAUCAACAACAGAUAUCAUCAUCUUUUUCAGUUGAUAUCAGUCACUUUGCUACUGAUUUGCGUAAACUUCCUCGUAGUCCUGUUGCUAGUAACCAUAAUCCUAUUUCUCUUUUGUGGGAUACAGGUGCAGAUAUCAAUGGUAUUCAACGACAACUCUUUGAUACUAUGAAUGCAGUUCUAGAUGUUACAGAACGUGCUCCUUAUCGUGAUGUAAACAACCAAAUCAAGACUACUUGCGGUAUGGCAGUUACCCCUAUUUUGGGUUAGUCAAUCAAGGUGCAUGUUAUUGACGGUAUCAGUAGUCCUUUGAUUAUUGGUUGGAACACCAUCAGCAGUUUCAAGGGCAAAAUUGAUAAUGACUUAGGCAUUGUUACUUUACAUAUUGGAAAUCAAGUUAUCAUAAUACAUCUCGAUUCCAAGCAAGAAACCAAUAACAUUCAGACGUUGCAAUCUGAUCAAGAAAGUAUAACUAAAUUAGUUCUUGAAAAUUUUGAUAGUGUUAUUGCUAAAAAUUCAGAUAGGCCCUCAGUUACUCAUCUUAUAGAAUUCUCAAUUGACACUGGUAACCAUCCACCUGUUUACUGCAAACCUCGUAUUUUUCAUCCUG